AUGUCAUCAAGUCGUAAACAUCACCUCAAGGGUGUGAUGCUGGCCAUCGCUAAAGGUUACCUUGAGCAGGAGGCCCGUCAGCGUGAGGAGGAGCGGGUAGGCUACAUGGCUCAGUGCUGCCCUCCGCUGGUGCUGCCUAACACCAUGCAAGCCCUACAGGAGUUGUGCAGGGAGAUUCACCAAAAGAUCGACGCAGUGGAUGAGGAACGCUAUGACCUUGAGGUAAAGGUCAACAAGGCCAACAAGGAGAUUGAAGACCUCAAGAUCAAAGUCCAGGAUGUGACAGGCAAGUUUAAAAAGCCGACGCUGAAAAAGGUGCGCAUGUCAGCCGACGCUAUGUUGAAGGCGCUGUUGGGCUCCAAGCACACCGUCAAUAUGGAGCUCAGAGCCAACCUCAAGCAGGUCAAGAAGGAGGUCAAGGACGAGGACAAGGAGUUGCGCGAUGUCGUCGACUGGCGCAAGAACAUUGAGGACAAGUCGGGCAUGGAUGGCAGGAAGAAAAUGUUUGAGGGCGACGCCUAA